AUGAUAAAGUCUAUCGAGAAAUCCUCCGUACAUCGGAUAACAUCAGGGCAGGUCCUUGUUGAUCUUCAAACAGCAGUGAAGGAACUGGUCGAGAAUAGUCUAGAUGCCGGUGCAACAACUAUAGACGUCAAGUUCAAGGACUAUGGCUUACAAUCUUUCGAGGUUAUUGAUAAUGGCAGCGGUAUAGCUCCCGAGGACUACGAUCAUGUCGCGAUGAAGCACCAUACGUCAAAGCUCUCAUCAUUUGAGGACUUGACUACCGUUCAGACUUUUGGAUUUCGUGGAGAGGCAUUGUUCUCGCUUUGUGCUCUUUCUGAUCGAGUCACUAUCACAACGGCUACGACAAAGGAGGCACCCAUGGGCACAAUUCUUGAGUUCGACAAGUCCGGGAAGGUGAAAAAUCGGUCAGGGAAGGCUGCCAGACAGAGAGGUACAACAGUGCAUGUCGAAGGGCUGUUCGGACCACUUCCCGUUCGUAGGAAGGAGUUUCAGAGGAACUCAAAGCGCGAGUUUGGAAAGACUCUGAAUAUAUUGACCGCAUACGCCCUCGUACCAUGUACGAAAGAGAACAAAGGUGUGCGUCUAAAUGUCGUACAUAUUCUAGACAAAGGUCGUAAGUCAGAUCAACUUCGCACAGAUGGGAAGCCGUCUCUGAAGGCGUCGAUAUCCUCUCUCUGGGGCCCGAAGCAAGUUGAUUCCUUAACGGACCUGAGCCUUGACCUUGAGGUGGUACCCGAAAAGACUGUCUUGAGGAGACAAGGAAAUGCCGACCAUGACGGAUCAACGACAAAAGUCAAAGUACGCGGCCUCAUAUCCAAGUUCUCACCAGGACACGGACGAGCAGGCCCAGAUCGUCAAUUCUUCUUUAUCAACGGCCGUCCAUGUAACCCUUCUAAAAUUCAAAAGGCUUUCAACGAGGUCUAUCGAUCAUUCAACACGAAUCAAAGCCCAUUUAUCGUCGCGGACUUUAUCGUGCCGACUGACAGUUAUGACGUUAACGUCUCUCCAGAUAAGCGAACUAUCUUGAUACACAGCGAGAACGCGCUUGUGGAUGCGCUGAAA